AGAACGGACCCAAUACGGGUUUGUUGAAAUGGGUCGAACUGAAAUGCUCAGGAUUCACGAGAUAUGCGCGAACCACACCCUAAAGUUGGGGUUGGGUGUUCUACAGCAGAUCUGUGAAUUUAAUUUCCCGGCAUGUUUUUUAUGCUAUUCACAUGAAAAACGCUAAGCUAGCUGCUUUUUCAGUGGAUGAUAUUAAACUAAAAUUGUUCAAAAUCAAAAUUAUAUGUAUUCCAGUGAGAAAAAUCCAAUCCCUUGUUUUUCUUCCGUCUUUUGGACCAAAUUGAGGCCACCUUCGAUUACAAUUUCAGAUUCCGCCUUAAUUUCAGAAGUAGUGGAGGUUGGGUUUCUUCGUUCUGGUGAUUUGAUUUGGAAAAUGGGUGAGAAAUUUUGGGCCAACGAAGAAAACAGGGUUUUGGUUGAAUCAGUUCUUGGUAGUGAAGCUUGCGAGUUCUUGAUCUCGUUGGCAUCUAGCAAUAUCAUGCCACCCGAGGCCUUCCAAUUUUCGAGUGUGAAUCAGGGGCUAACCCAACUUUUGGAUGGUUCAAAUUGGAAUUAUGCAAUCUUUUGGCGUGUGGUUACCUUGAAAUCUGGGGGUUUAGCUUUAAUUUGGGGCGAUGGUGCUUGUCAUGAUUCAAAGAUUGGUAUUCAAAUUUCUGGUGGGGAUACUCAGGGAGAGAAGAAUGAGGAAAUGAAGAAGCAAGUGCUUCAAAUGCUUCAAUCCUCUUUUGGAGGGUCUGAUGAAGAUGGAUUUGGAGCAAGGAAGGAGGAAGCGUUGGAUAUCGAUAUGCUCUAUCGGACUUCGAUGUAUUUCAAGUUUACGUGCGACUCCGGGAGCAGUCUCGGGGCGUCGUACAAUGCUGGUAAGACUAUAUGGGCUUCGGAUUCGUCAAGUUGUAUGCGUAAUUACGAAUCGAGAGGGUUCUUAGCUAAAGUGGCUGGUUUGCAGACACUGGUCUUUGUACCUGUAAAGUUGGGAGUUGUUGAACUUGGGUCUGUUAAAUCAAUUCCUGAAGAUCAGGGUGUUCUUGAGUUGGUCAGAGCUGCCUUUGGAGGGUCGGACACUGCCCAAUUAAGGGCCUUCCCAAGGAUCUUCGGACAUGAAUUGAGUUUAGGUGGAGCGAAAACUCGAGCGCUUGGUAUUAACUUUUCGCCGAAGUUGGAAGAUGAAACAAAUUUUCCUUCAGAAGGGUAUGAGCUGCAGGGUUUAGGUGCUAAUCAUAUGUUUGGAAACUCUUCGAAUGGGUGUCGUGGUGAUGAUAGCGAUGCAAAGAUGCAUCCAGCUCAAGAAAUUGUUGGUGGUUUCACUGCUCAAACCCGACUCUCGACUAUGGAGUUACCGAGGGACGAGUCGUCCCCUCAAGGAGAUGACAGAAAACCUAGGAAGAGAGGGAGAAAGCCUGCUAAUGGGAGAGAAGAGCCACUGAAUCACGUCGAAGCAGAGCGACAGAGACGUGAGAAACUUAACCAACGAUUCUAUGCAUUACGGGCUGUUGUCCCAAAUAUCUCGAAGAUGGACAAGGCUUCGCUGCUCGGCGAUGCUAUUACUUAUAUUACCGAUCUCCAAAUGAAAGUCAAGGUUAUGGAGACCGAAAAACAACAGAUCGUUAAUGGCAGGGUGAAAAAUGCAGAGAUCGAUUUUCAGGCGAGAGAUGAGGAUGCUGUUGUGAGAGUGAGUUGUCCGUUGGACUCGCACCCUGUUUCUAGAGUAAUCAAAACGUUUAGGGAACAUCAAAUCGAAGCUCAUGAAUCAAACGUUACGACCAGCACCGACAACGACAAGGUUAUUCACUCGUUCUCAAUUAGAACUGAAGGUGGUGCUGCAGAACAAUUGAAGGAGAAGCUGGUGGCAGCCCUAUCAAACUGAUAUCAUGUUUAAAGCCUCAAUAUGUUGAUUUUCAGGUAGUUUCUGUACUUUGUAGCAUUAAAAUGUGUAAAAACCAAGCUACGUUCUUCCUCUGUAUGUUUAUAAUGUCUAAAUGUGCCAUACUCUGCAUUGGAUUGAUAACUGAUAUGAGUUAUAGCACCAGUUAUGAGUUGAACUCUGUUUAAAUCUUCAGAUUUCUUUGUUU